AUGCAGACCAUCAAGUGUGUCGUCGUCGGCGACGGUGCCGUCGGUAAGACCUGUCUCUUGAUCUCCUACACCACCAACAAGUUCCCCUCGGAGUACGUUCCUACCGUUUUCGACAACUAUGCCGUCACCGUCAUGAUCGGUGAGGACCCAUACACACUCGGACUCUUCGAUACUGCUGGACAGGAGGACUACGACCGAUUGCGACCUCUCUCAUACCCGCAGACCGACGUCUUCCUCGUCUGCUUCUCCGUCACCUCGCCAGCAUCCUUCGAGAACGUCAAGGAGAAGUGGUUCCCCGAAGUUCACCACCACUGCCCCGGUGUCCCUUGCCUCAUUGUCGGAACACAGGUGGAUUUGCGAGACGACCACGCCGUGAUCGAGAAGUUGGCACGUUCAAAGCAGCGGCCCGUCCCUUUCGAGGCCGGUGAGCGAUUGGCGAGAGAGUUGGGUGCCGUCAAGUACGUCGAGUGCUCGGCGCUUACGCAGAAGGGUUUGAAAAACGUCUUUGACGAGGCUAUCGUAGCAGCGCUGGAACCACCUGUCAUUCGAAAGAAGUCCAAGUGCGCCAUUCUCUAA